AUGCUGACACUGCAACUGAGAGCCUGCUUGGCUUUAGCCCUAUACCUACCCUCGGUCCACGGAUGCAAUGACAACUGGCUCAGCAAAAGGGCCACCGGUGAUGGCGCAGUCGUCAAUGACCAAUCCAUCGUCCCCAAGGUUAUCGAUAUAGCUCCUUUGGUGGAAGUGCAAUUAGGUCAGCUGACGAUUAGUGCGAACACUUCGGAUGCCGCAUCACCUCUUCCUAUCGAUGCGGCAGCUGCUGCUGCCGCCGGGACGGUCAAUGGGACAGUGUUGGUGAUCGCCCGGGACAAAACGGUUGCAUAUUCGGCAUAUUCAGGACUGAACGACCAUGGUAUACCCUAUCAACUCUUGAUCGUUCCCGCCGAAGGGGCAGCACUCCCAAGAUUGAAUGACUCAGCGACCCAAGGCAAUUACGGGCUCGUCGUUGUCCUAUCAGAAAUCAGCUACAUCAACAACAGUACUGGACAGUAUCAUAGUGCUCUUACUGAUGCACAAUGGAACGCUCUCUACAAUUACCAGCUUGCCUUCGGUGUCCGAAUGGUGCGACUCGAUGUCGCGCCGUCAAUCGCCACCGGAACCGCCUCACUCGGGACCUGCUGCAGCAAGGGAAACCAGACGGUAUCCAUAUCCAACGACAAAGAGUUUACCACUGCUGGCCUCAAGACUGGUGCAGGUGUUAGCACUGCCGGCCUAUGGCAUUAUCCCGCUAACAUCACUGAUGCCUCUAUUGCUACUGAGUUCGCACAGUUUUCUGCAGCAGCCGCUGAUGGAUUUAAAACGAAGUCUACCGCAGGUGUGAUUAACAGGAUCAAUGGAAGGGAACAGAUGGUUUUCUUUAUAGGAUUUUCAACCGGGUGGAGUUUGACGUCGAACUUGUUGCAGCAUGCAUGGAUUAAUUGGGGUACCAGAGGACUUUACGCUGGUUAUCGCCGAGCAAUGAUGUCGCCACAAAUUGACGAUAUGUUUCUUGAAACCCCGAUUUUCGACAACCCCACGGAAAAUUUUAGACUUACCGCUGAGGAUAUGGAGGGCCAUCUCGAGUGGCUCCCCACACUGACGAAAAAACUCAACGCUGGCAGCGACUGGUUCCUGGAGGUUGGCCACAAUGGCAACGGGAAUAUUGAGUCUGUUAAUGCCACUGACACGACUAAUACUCUAUGUAACCCUGGACCGAUCGAAUAUCCCGACCAAAUUGAUACACCGCUUGAGUUCACAAAGCCUCUUGGUUCCGGUACCAAUCUAUACCCCGCCACCCCAACCGCUUAUCCGAAGUACUCAAGGGACUGCACUGAUAGCGACGACUUGCUUUGGUGGUGGGAGGAUACUACCAACCUCAAUGCCUUUGCGCAUCUUUCCCACACCUUCACCCAUCAGGACGAGAACAAUGCUACCUACUCAGAUGUCUACAAGGAAAUUACCUGGAAUAAAGCUUGGCUUGAUUCUGUAGGUAUAUCAGCAGCCGAGAAAUUUAGCGCCAGUGGCAUCAUCCCACCAGCUAUUACUGGUAUGCAUAACGGAGAUGCGGUAAGAGCUUGGGCGGAUAGUGGAAUAAAACACGUUGUGGGUGAUAAUACCCGCCCGGUGUUGAUGAAUCAGGAAAAUGAGCAUUGGCCCCUUAUAUCGACAGUCGAAUCGAACGGCUACGCAGGAAUCCAGAUCACCCCACGAUGGGCUAGCAACAUCUACUACAAUUGUGACUUGCCGGCAUGCACGACAGCGGAAUGGGAACAGUUUUCCGCCGGAAAGGGCAAUUAUGCAGACCUUCUUGUGUUAGAGAGAGACAACAAUGUGCGACAUCUAUUAGGCUUGCAUCAUGAUCCCCACAUGUUUCAUCAAGCCAAUCUGCGGUGGGCAGAUGUUGAAGAGUCUACCGUUAACGGCCGCAACGGUCAAUACUCUCUGUUGAUGGCGUGGACUGAAACGGUGGUGGUUGAAUUUGUUCGACUUGUAAAAUGGCCCUUGGUCUCGCAAAAGCAUGACGAUCUCGCAGCCACAUUCAUGUCUCGAAUGAACAGAGACGCCUGCCGGCCGAAUUUCAGUUGGACAGUUGAUUCCAAGUCGCAGACCAUCACUGGAGUCACAGUUGGGGCCAUCGGCAACAGAUGCAAAGAAAAGAUUCCCCUCACCCUCCCCGGGCCAGUAACUUCCCUUCAGGGUGCGACGAAGGAGCAACGCGGGUCUGAUCCUUUGACGCUCUGGGUCACAUUGUCCGGCAAGCCUGUAACAUUCACACUCGCCACACCGAUACCAUUGUCCGCAAAGUAA